AUGACUGAUGACAUCGGCGCACCGUCUUCCUCGCCUCUUACACGAUCUCGUGGAAAUGUAUCUGCAGAUGGAACACCAAAACCUGCAGACAACAAGAAAACAGACAAAGAGAACAUCGCAUCAGUGACCGAGAAAGAUAUUGGAUGUAAAGGAGCUAUUUGGACAGCAGAGGAUGAUAAGAAACUCAAACAACUCGUUUCGGCAAAGAAGAAGAGCCAAAAGAAGGGAAGCACAGAAACACUCGACACAAAAGACUGGGAAAAGAUUGCGUCCAACUUUAGCUCUGAGCCUCAGGGGCGAAAUGCAAACCAGUGCAGAGAGCGUUUUUCAUUUCUACUUGCAUCACAAAUUGGAAAGGGCCCUUGGUCCGCACAAGAGGACAAAAAGAUAGUCUCGAUGGUCAGUCUCUAUGGGGCUAAAAAGUGGAGUCAAAUUGCAGGUCAACUUCCAGGCAGAACUGGCAAGCAAUGUCGUGAAAGGUGGCACAAUCACCUCAACCCAGAUAUCAAUAAGUCGAAAAAAUGGACUGAGGAGGAAGACAGAAUUAUCCUCGAAAGUCAUCUUCGGUUUGGCAAUAAGUGGGCCGAUAUUGCAAGAAAGCUCAAGGGAAGAACCGACAAUGCAAUCAAGAAUCACUGGAAUUCGUCAAUGAAGAAGAAAAUUGAAAAGUACCUGCGAUCGAAAAAUUCAGACACCUCUGCACCAGUGAAGGAUGAAAGUGGGCGUUUCCUGAUUGGUGAUGACAUCGAAGGAUGUCUCAAGACAACUCAACAGUCGGCUUUCCACGACAAGAAUCCAAAAGAAGCUCUUCACUCCAGACUGCAACGAUCUCUCCCACAGUUUUCAGGACCAAUAAUGGCCUAUGCGACGCCAUUACCUCAAGCAUUUGCCCCAGCGCCGAAAAGGUCCUACGACAUGAUGAUGGACGCGAUGUAUGGAUCGGUUCGCUAUCCCUCGCAACACAAGUUUCCUUGUCCAUCCCCGAGAUCAACUAAGAGUGAUAUUGAUUCGCUAAGUCACUUUUUUCAAACUCUCAAGGGCGGAUACAUUGAUGGGGUAUAUCAUUCUUCGCUCGAACGCCGCCGACUGGCGGAGAAAACUGCUAGCACUGGAUCGAGCGAGGCUCUCAGCAACCUCAACCUGACACCAGAGGAACGAGAGAGACUUCCAUCGAUAUUCAAACGGAAGCUUCCUAACCUUGCACCAUACCGUGGUCGAGAAGGAGGUUACUAUCCUGGUCACGUUUCUUACAGCAUGCCUCCACAGCAUAUGCGCUGGGCUCGUCCUUCUCCGGUUCUCCCGCUUGCCGAUAUGCGCACUCCAAUUUACAGUCCUUUCUCUUCAGUUCCACCAAAAGAAGCUGGAAUGAUAUCUCACCCCUAUAGAAAUACUCUCAAACCAUCUCCCCUUUCACGGACGAAGGGUGCAGAGAAACCAAACAGACGCACGCUUUCGGCGGUGCAAGACAUGGCUUUCGAGGAGGUUGUCAAAGAGUCUUCGAGAUCAGUUGUUGCAACCCCAAAAGGCCGUGAAACCCGAAUGAGAAGCAACAGCACAAAUUCUAUGUCUCCUCUGCUCCCAACGCCUCUCACUCAUCGAGUCGAUAAUGUACUUACUCCGAGUCUGUUCACUGGUCAAGAUUGGGGAACCCCGUCGUGGGGAGGGGAGGACGCGAAGAUGCUACAGGAAGUUCUUGCUGCAAGAGGCCCAUUUUCUUCAGCAGUCACUCCAGGGAUCAAGCAAAACUCGUCAUUACGUAGUGGUAGUGGGACCUGCUCCUCAAGCGUCAAAAUGCAGACCCCGAGAGUAUUUUUCAAAGAUCAGCUGAUCGAAACCAUCAACUUCAAAGAUCAGAAUGAACCACUACUUCCAGAAACACCAUUUACCCAAGCAUGUGCAACGCCAUCCAAACUUACUAGUGGAGUUGUUACUGGCUCUGCUCACACCAGGAAUAAGAUGAACAGUCAGUUGGAAGAUCGUGAAAAUCUACUUUCCACUGCCAUUUUGAACACUCCAAAGAGUCCUCGAUUUGGUUGCAAUGGAGAAAUCGACCAAUCGUUACAUCAUAUCGAUGCUUGUAUAAAGUCGCCCAUAGACUUUGGAAGUCCGAUGAAGUAG